AGUACCCGACGAUUUUUCCUUGCUUCCUGGCUGUACUAUUGCAACCGUGAACUUAGCGAAACGACCUCUGAUGGUGCUGGAGGGGAUUCAUCCAACGCAAUCGCUUCCCACCCCAAGUCAUCGAAGCGUGUACACGAAUUGGAAAAGUUGCGACACCAGUUUCUGUCCGAGCUGGCUCUCACACACACCGUGUCGCUAUCCUCCCUUCCUUGGUUAACCGGCUCAAAGCAGCCUGGUGCAGUUGUGGGCAGUAGUUCCUUGAGCAGUCCCACUUGUAGUGGUCGCAGCAGUCGAGGAGGUUCCGUUUCGCAGUUACAAUCUGUCGGCACUGCGAGCUGCCCCGCAGCUAACAAGUUUCUUUGUUAUGGUGGAUCGAUCCUGGCUGACCGUGUCGAUGUGCAGAGAUUUGUCAGUUAUGCACACACGCGCCAUUUGGAUGCACACUAUCGUCUGUUGCUGGCAGCGCACGCGUUUUGGUCUUUGGGGAAGCUGUCGUCAGUUUACCCUAGUAUGCCCCGUUUUGAAAAACUCCUCGGCGUAAUCGUUCGACUUGUUAGCGAAUCCUCCGUUCCAGUCCGGACAAAGGCCCUUCGCUGUUUGGCCUCUAUUGUGGAGCUGGAUCCGAAUUUGUUCUCCACAACUGGUGACUCCUCCGACCGCAGUCAACCAAGCGCCCACGCAUCUGUUUGGCUUCGUGAUUUACCAAAACUAGUGCAUCCACGGCUUCUAGACAACUCAACUGCUGUUCGGGAAGCAGCGGUCGAUUUGGUCAGCCGCAUCCUGGUCGCACGUCCACGAAUGCUAUCCGAAUAUUACCCAAUGCUUGCUGAACGCAUUUUGGAUAAAGGUGUUAGUGUGCGAAAGCGUGUUAUUCGCUGUUUUCGUGACUUGUUGCUUGUGGAUUGGUCCGGAGAGCCAUCUGAAUCACAGGAGCGUUCGCCCAAACGAAGCAUCCUCCUUACUCGCCAGUUUGGAGUGGAAAUGUGUUUGAAACUGAUUCGACGUCUUCAUGAUGACGAAGAAUCAAUCAAGAAACUUGUCAUCGAUUUGUUUCACAAUCUCUGGUUCACACCGGUUUCCGAAAGCCACUCCAAACUACUCAAUCGUCGUGUCAUCAAUUUCUGUGCGGUCACCUCUGCCAUGCGUACCAACAACUUUGAUAGUCUGGAAUCAUUUGUGAAACAGAUUCUGGCCACUGAUGAUCCUACCAAACGCGAACAACUGGAUCGCGCCUGCCGUCAGCUUAGCAGACACCAGAUAAAGCUGAUUGGGCGUCUGUCCACCCCCUUCUCUGUGAAGCACCCUACCAAGCAGCGAAAGCAAUUAUCAUCCUCUUCGCUCCCUCCGCCCAAUUUGCAAUCUGUUCUGGCGAGCCUGCAUUUGAUUAGCCGUUGCACACCCAGUCUGUUUAUCGAACAUUUGGACUUUUUGCUGGACUUGUUACACAAGGCUCCCACUACACCCGUGCUUAGCUCGGCUACUUCGGUGUCCUCGGGUACACCACGGAAUGAAGUGUCUUCUGGCAUGGACGUUCAAUGUCUGUUUCAUUUGAUCAAUACAACCGAAGUGCUUCUGCAGUCGGUCGCCGAAGACAUAGACAAUAAAGGUCCACAUGCCACCGAUUCAUUCCUCGAUCGGCUAAUCCACAUCAAGCUACCCGAGUUGCAGCGUGAUCUCAUCCGAUUGAUCCAACGUCAAGGUCGAGUCGUGGUGGAUUCGUCGUUCUCAUGUCUGGCUACUCUCACGAAUCGCGUGCUGAAAGAACACACCCAAGUUGCAGCCUGUUUCGGCCAGUUUUACGGUUUACUAAUCAAUCUGUCGUUCGAACUGCAGAGAGCACUGUCAACCAAAGUCACUAAUUCCACUGCGCUUUCCUCUCGCACUCGACCGUCGGUGCUUCGCGCAUUAUACACAGUCGGAUUGAUGUGCAAACACUUCCGUCUGGAGGACCUGACCGGCGAUUGUGACCGAGUGUCAACUAGUGCUCCUGUCUUGGACGAGGUGGUCGAUACUCUUAUGCUGUUUGCCGAAUAUGCUGCUGCUCCCGUAGUGAUUCAACCCUCCGCCAGCGGCGAUACUGGUGGUGAAACUGUGCUUCCCGCUGCUAUGAACGAUCCAGACUUGUGCCGUAAAGCUGUGAUGGGUUUGGGCUUUUUGGUGAGCCGACACGAUCAACUUCUGUGCACCAAACGUCUGAGCACUUUUUUCUCACGAUUCCUGGUCGCUGCCCGGCCGGGUUCUUCUAAACCUACAGCCUUCCACGAAGUGCAAUACAUCAUUCUGGAUAAUUUGAUGCACUACUUCUUGGACAUGGAACGGGAAAUGGUGGAAAACAGUCAACUAUGGGCUUCUAUCCACAAAUCUGAAUCCCUCAAAGAACUUUCAGAUUGUCGCUCAGGUCACGGGAGCGCCGUCGCCCAAGAAUAUUUGCCUCUCAUCCUCAGACACUGUGUUCUCACAUCUUCAGCGAAUGUACGGACUGCUACUUUGGGACUGAUUUCAAUCAUUCUCCGUCAGGGGCUCGUGCACCCUGUCCAAACUGUUUCAGCCCUCAUAUGCUUCCAGACCGAUCCGGAUGCGGGUAAUCGAAUGCGCGCGAGUCACUUACUGCUUGAAUCAGAACGGAAAGUCCCUGGUUUUGUAGCGAUGCGAGCCCCGGCUGGCGUUUAUAUGUCCUACCACCUGCAUCUAUUGCUGCAUCUCUCGGCGUUGGAUAUGAACCAUUCUCCUCUUCGUAUACCCAUCAUACGUGGCUUUGCUCCAGAGAACACCUUAUCUACUGGCCCUGUGUCACCAGGCAACAAUGCUCAGCCCACUGCUCUCAAUCACGCUGUCUACACCAUUUUGCGCUCUAACCGUCAGAGCCGACGGUCGUUCAUUUCCAGUUUGCUAUCCUCAUUUGUCUCGGAUCAGAAAACCACAGAAUCUUCGGAUUUUGAGUCUGUCUUGUCUGGGUUGCUCUCAUCCAACGUUCCGCAUGAUCCACUCGGACGGCUGAUAUUUCUAUCCGAUCAGCUAGCUCAUUUUCCCUACGCCACGCAAGAUGAGGUGCUUUACGUAGCCUUCACUGUAGAACGUCUGGUUAGCGACUGCGGUCCUGCCCUUUUGCGUAUUGUUCAACAUGCGCUCCUCUCUUCGUUGUGCAAUUCGGAACCACCCAAUCCUGUUGAUGAGGAGGAGGAAAAAGGCCGCAUUUUGCGCGCCGAAACCGAGCUGCAUAAUCUGUUGGACUCAGUCGAGUCGAAGUUGGCUGCUUCGUGCAAGGCCACCGAUGCCGAAGAUGUGGCUACCUCGUUUGACUGGGAUGAAGGAGGUCGUCUCCAGAAAUUGUUCGAGCUCUCUCAGCCCUCGUCUCUCCGCCAGAAGUCGUUCAAGUCCGUUUUACGUACUGGUCCUGUUUGCUUCUUAUUGCUGGCCAUUCGUGAGCAUUUGCGAGACGUGUACGGAGUGACUGACAGUAAACUGAAGGAUUAUUCUCCGACUGACUCGGUCAAACAGUGGGAUAAACCAGUUCAACCGGCCAAGCGGUCUCAGGCGAUCAGUCAAGUUUUACAGCUGCCGUUGCUGGUUUUACAAUGCAUGAAAACCCCUGGUUGGUUAGAUGGCAGUGUUGUCCCACCAGCUAAAGUUAUCUUGUUUCAUUUUGUUCAAUUACGAUAUCGCUUGCUUGCUCUGGAGGGUGGUCAUCUAUCAGAACCCUCCAUCCCCUCGUGUCCGGAAUCGUCAACCAAGUGGGAAGCCGAAGAGUCCGAAUGCAAGGCGAUUGAACACAUGGGUGCCGUACCGCCGAAGAGUGAUACUUCCUCCCCAGCUGCAUCUUAUCCAAGUGUUCCUUGUCCCAAAAAGAUUGAUGAGCCUUCUCAUCCAUCAUCUUCAAAGUCUGUUUUGCAUGCUAACGCCACAAGGAUCUCAUCCAGACCUACCAGGGGCUCCAAGGAUUUUCAUUCCAGCGCUCACCCCGGAAAUCACUCCGGCCGUCCAUCCGCUCGAACAUUUGGCUCUCAUAAACGAAAGCCUGCAUCGUCCAGCACUUCAUCUUCUAGUUCGCUCUCUUCUUGUUCCUCGCUCUCAUCGAAGCCUGAGAGUUCGGUAGCAAGAGUAUCGCUUAAAGAAUCCAAUCGUUUUCCCGCUGGGGAAAAAAGGACCAAAACAGUUGGAUCCCGUGUACCUCGGGUUCGCGACGAAGUUCGGUCUACUGUCCACUUGCAGUCGUCAAAACCCAACUUGAAUGCAUCUAAUCGCUCUCCGAAGCCCAGUAAUCGGGAUGGUUCCGUUCCAAAACGCCUUUCAGCACCUUCCAAGAAAUAUAUUCCUUCCCACCUCAGCUCCACUUCUUCGUCAUCAGACUUGGAAACUGAUGGCAGCAAUCAUCCAAUUCCACCGAGGUCUGCACCCAAAACGCUAUCCAAGAAUUCGCAAAAACUGGACCGUUCGUCCCACACAAAGGCUCCUCGUUCUCUUAAUUCCGGUUCUCAUUCUCUUAACGGAACAUCAAAGGCCUCGAGCAGUGCAUAUAGAUUAUCUGAUACCUCUCGUCAUCCAUUACCUCCAAAAUCGUGCGAUCGAGUACGCAUCCCUGAGGAAAACGAUAAAAAGCCGCAGUCCAAAGACGGCCGUCGAGACGGUGACCUGCAAUCGAAACAGCACGAUAAACCUUGCCGUCCCCCAAAUUCCAUGCGCACCUUGGCCCCAUUACCAAACGCAAUGAUGCAAUCCCGCCGUGCUCCGCCGUCUGCUCAUGUAUCUUCGAAACGUAGGGCUCCUCCGGGCAAAACCGCUCCAAAGUUACCACCGGAUCUUAAAAAUCCACUUUGUGGUCACUCGGGUCCUCGUAACGCUUGCUCUUCUCCUGUUCGCUCAGGUCACCUCAGCAAGGCCUCAAGUUCAAGCAGAACCACCGCCUCUGCCGCGGCGAACCGUCCUACCAAGAUCGAAACCGAUAGGAAGCCACAACCGUCUCGUCUGUCCGACUCGUCCUCACUCUCCUCCGAUUCUGCAGCCGAGGCCGACAAACACUCUGCCCACAGCUCCAUCUCAUCGUCGUCUUCCGUGUCCUCUGUGUCUACCACAUCCUCUUCCUCCGAGUGUACACUUUGCUCCUCUCCGCCAUCAUCAUCAGGUCCACCUCCGACCAAAGUGAAAAAUUUUCGCAAACCCCCACGAUGAUCACAACUACAUCGACCUGUUCCUCGUUGGUUCACUGUCCUGUCGCGUUUUCCAUCUUUAUGUCUUUGAGGCACACUUCAAUUUAUAGUUUUCGUUUUACUAUUUUCGUCCCUAAGCGCCUUUCUCCACUACAUUAUAUGAUACAGCGCUCUCUAUCUAUUCUUCCGCAAUAUGCCCUUGUAUCUAGCUCCUGUGAUUCAGGCGCACAGAUUGUGGGCUUCAAACAGACUACGGUCACUGCAAACCUCGAGAUGACCUUGGGAAGAUCAUUUGUACGUCUUUCUUAAUAUCUUGCCUUAUCACCGCCGAAGUUCAGCGAAAUACGGAACUCUGAUUCCUAUGCCCACAUUAUCACAGAUACCAUUGUGUUCCUGUAUAGUUAUUUAUUAUUUUCUGCCCCGGGAGGAUUUUGUAUGUCCAACUGCACACACUAUCGUGUGUUUCCCUUCUCUUCGUCUCAUUGGCCGGUUUUUUUUAUUUCGGCCUCGUUCUUUUCUUGUCCAUGAUCUCCCUCCUUCGGUUGGCACCCCCUAACCAGUUUAUUUUUCGUGGCUUCCCUUCACCUACGAUUCCAUUUUAGCAUAGUGUUUUCAGCUCAUGGACACAAUUGCGCUACCGUUCAAGUUUUUCGAAUCGUUGCAAUUCUACUCUCAUAAUUGUAUAGUACGUUUCCUUAUUUUGCUACAUCCUAUCACGUUCGAAAUUGGGAAUAACGGUUUAUUUCACACUACGAUCAUGCGCGCUCUUUAUGUCUGCAAUCGUUGUGAUUGUCCGUUUCUCUUUACGAUUAUUUUGGCCACCUGACCGCUCAUUGGUUGACCGGCCAUCCACGAUACACCGUUUCAAACUAAAAGGCGUUGUGAUUCUCUUAUUGUCGCGUUCACAAUUGGCUGUUACAAUCACCAUGG